CUCAAUAGGAGCAACUCGCUGCGCACAAACGCAGUUUGCACAAAAAUAUUGUCACGGGACAAAAAAUUGGAGUUAUAUAUCAGAGUUGCAAUCAUUGGAAAUUUAAUUAUAGUUAUAACUACAGACAAGUGAGUAAAUCAAAGAGUUUACCAUCAUAAUCGAGAAUAAUUUUGAAUAGAAUGGAUUUGGUGAGCGGAUUAAUUACGGCUCUAGUGGGAUUGGCCAUCUUAUUGAUUGUCAAUCAGAUGAUUUACUGGCCGAGAAAGGGAGUUCCUCACGUACAGACGAUUCCGGUAAUUGGCAGCAAAUACGUUAGUCUGUUUUUCGGGCGUACAUCAAUCGCAGAGUUCUCGGAGGAACUUUAUAAAAAUUUUCCUGAUGCCAAAUAUUUUGGUGUUACAAUGUGGAACAAACCAAUAGUUAUAUUGAAAGAUUUAGAUCUCAUUAAGGACAUCUGUGUCAAGAACUUUGAUAAUGCACCGGAUCAUCGCAGUUUUAUUAAUGAAAAAAUGGAUCCAAUCCUGGGUAAAAAUGUAUUCUCACUCCGAGGUGAUCGAUGGCGUGAAGUACGCAGUGCACUCAGUCCAUCAUUUACAGCUAGUAAAAUGAAGUUCUUAUUUCAACUUGUUUCCAAAGUUUCCGAGGAUUUUACCCAAUAUCUCAUUGAUAAUCCGGAAAUAACAAAACUCAUUGAAACCAAAGAUGCAUUCAGCAGAUAUACCAAUGAUGUGAUUGCAACGGCUGCAUUCGGAAUAAGCGUUGAUUCUAUGAAACAUCGUGAUAAUGAGUUUUUCUUUCGAGGAAAAGACGCAACAAAUUUGAGUGGAACUAAACGCAUCCUCAAAUUCUUCGCUGGCAUCACAUUCCCAAGAAUUAUGAGAUUUUUUGGUCAAACUUAUUUAACCAAAGAGACUAAUAAAUUUUUCAUCGAUUUGAUACACGAAACUGUCACGAUGAGAGAUGAAAAAGGGAUCAUGAGACCAGAUAUGAUUCAUUUGUUGAUGCGCGCUCGAGAUGCUAGCGGAAUUAAAAUAGACAUGAAUGAUAUCGUGGCGCAGGCAUUCAUAUUCUUCCUCGCUGGCUUCGAUACUACCUCUACUUUAAUGAGUUUUCUCUGUCAUCAAUUGGCAUAUCAUGAGCACAUCCAGCAGAAGCUGCGGGAGGAAGUGGAUGAUGUUGUUAAAGACAAUGAAUUCUCGUACGAAAUGCUCGCUAAAUUGAAAUAUAUGGAUAUGGUGAUAAAUGAAACACUGCGUUUGUAUCCACCUGCUACUUUCCUCGAUCGAGUGUGUGAGAAACCGUUUGAAUUACCGCCAGCAACUUCAAAUUCCGAGGGAAUGACAGCCGAUCGCGGAUUGACUUUCUGGAUUAACAUAUACAGCAUACAGAGAGAUCCUAAAUAUUUUCCACAUCCUGAAAAAUUUGAUCCAGAACGAUUUAAUGAGGAAAAUAAAGCAAAUAUUCUCCCGCACUCAUAUUCGUCCUUUGGAAUUGGCCCUCGAAAAUGUAUUGGCGAGCGAUUCGCCUUGAUGGAGACUAAAUUGAUUCUCGCGAGAAUAAUUCAAAAAUUUAUUAUAAAACCGAGUGAAAAAUCAACAGAAAACAUUAAAAUUGCAAAAAACAGUUUGAAUCUAACUCCCAAGGGUGGCAUCUGGCUGAAAUUCCAGCCAAGAUCGUAGACUAUAUUAUUUAGAUUCUCUUUUAGAAUUGUGCAUAUGUUGUUAUUGUUAUUAUUGUUUCACCAAAAGUGCAAUUUGUAGCUUUUUGUUUUUUUUUUUUUCAAUAAUAAUCCUACCAUUGGCGAAGGAACAUUUCAUUAAUUCAUUGAAAGACCAAGAAUUAUUGGACCGAAAAAAGAAAUAAAUUACUUGUUUUACUCG